ACUAAAUGUGCAAAACUGUGAAGAAAGACUCCCUAACUGGACUACUUGCUAGCGACUUUGAUUCAGAGUGUCGUUAACGACGUGCCCGCCACUGUCGUUCCCACCUCUGCCCACACACAGGCACCACCCUUUGUGUCACGAUCUCGAGUGCUGUCUUCGACUUCUCUUCUCGUGUUCCCUGGUCCUGUUGUUCAUUCGGCGACGUGCACGCCGUAGCACUCACCCUAAUUCUGUUAGACUCUCUGUCAUACUGUCUCCUGACUGGAAAGUGAAUGGCACUGCGUAUAUCCGUCUCCUUUCUUGCAUGAGGUUUUUUUUCGACAGUCUUCCCUCUUGUACACACUCGGCCGGCCGUGAAUCCCCGAAGCCAGAGGCAGUCGGUUCGUAAUGCCCUGAAAGAGACAUCCUGACGGUAUUACUUUCAUAUGUUUGGGGUGCUGUAAAGGCGGGGUUAUCCAGAGUCAGAGUCCACGAAAGAAGUGUGGAAAACCGUCACCGACUCUACAAGCUCGUUGAGCGCCGUUUCGAUCCGUACUCCUCGCCACCAUGAUUCGUCCACAGGGUCCCGUCCUUGUUCUCAAACAGAACACCAAAAGAGAACAAGGCAGGAAAGCACAGCUGGCAAACAUUCAAGCCAGCAAGGCCAUUGCAGAUAUUGUCCGCACGACCUUAGGGCCGUCUUCGAUGUUGAAGAUGCUUCUCGAUCCCCUUGGAGGCAUUGUGCUCACUAAUGAUGGAAACGCGAUUCUGCGUGAGGUGGAUGUGCUUCAUCCAGCGGCGAAGACGAUGAUUGAGUUAUCUCGCACGCAAGACGAAGAAGUGGGCGAUGGGAGCACGAGUGUGGUUGUUCUUGCCGGGGAGGUUCUUGCCGGGGCCGUCGAUUUGUUGGAGAAGCAGCAACUGCAUCCGUCAGUGAUUUCGCACGGCUAUGUGUUGGCUUUGGAAGACACUUUGAAGUACAUGAGCGAAAUCGCGAUCGACGUGGAUGUCAGCGACGACGCGAAGCUGCGCCAAGUCGUCGACGCCUGCCUCAACACAAAGUUCUCUUCUCGCUGGGAAGGUCGUAUCAGUCAGAUGGCCAUUGAUGCUGUGCGCAAAGUCGAAAUCAAGCUGCCGAAUGGCAAGAAGGAAAUCGACAUCAAACGCUACGCCAAAGUCGAAAAGAUCCCUGGAGGCGACCUCGAGGAAUCCAGAGUCCUCGACGGCGUCAUGGUCAACAAGGAUGUCACUCACGCAAAGAUGCGCCGAUACAUCGCGAACCCCAAGGUUUUGUUGCUGGACUGCCCUCUGGAGUACAAGAAGGGUGAGUCUCAGACCUACGUGGAGAUCACGAAGGAAGAUGAGUGGGCGAAGCUGUUGGAACAGGAAGAGAAAGAAGUUCGCGCAAUGUGCGACGACAUUAUUGCUAGCGGGUGCAACCUGGUCAUCACCGAGAAAGGCGUCAGCGACUUGGCUCAGCACUUCCUCGUGAAGGCAGGCAUCAGCUGCAUUCGCCGUGUCAGGAAAACUGACAACAAUCGCAUUGCCCGCGUCACAGGAGCCACCAUCGUCAACCGCACAGAAGAAAUCACAAAGGAAGACGUCGGCACCAAAUGCGGACUCUUCGAAGUCAAAAAGAUUGGAGAUGAGUAUUUCACGUUCCUCACUCAGUGCAAGGAGAAGGGCGCGUGCACCGUCCUGCUUAGAGGCGGCAGCAAAGAUGUCCUCAAUGAGGUUGAAAGAAACCUGCAAGAUGCAAUGAACGUGGCGAGAAAUAUCAUGCUCGAGGGCAAGCUGCUCCCUGGCGGUGGGGCAACGGAAAUGGCUAUCUCGGCGCUCCUGCUGGCGAAUGCAAAGAAUGUGGAGUCGGUCAAGCAAUACCCGUACAAGGCAGUUGCCAAUUCCCUUGAGGUCAUCCCAAGGACUCUGGCUCAAAACUGUGGUACAAAUGUCGUCAAAGUCAUGACUGAACUUCGCGCAAAGCACGCCUCCUGCUCAGGCGACAGCACCAAAUGGGGGGUCGAUGGCGAGACUGGUGCGAUUGUCGACAUGGUGGCAAAGCAAGUCUGGGACAGUUUGGCUGUCAAGCAACAAAUCGUGAAGACCGCCAUUGAAGCAGCGGCGAUGCUCCUGCGAAUCGACGACGUUCUUUCCGGCGUCAGAAAGGAAGGCGGAGGCGCUGGGGCGGACAACAUGGACGCGGACCCUGAGACCUUCGGAGAUUCUCGCGAUGGAUGAAGAAUGUGUGCACUUCGGUCAUCUCCUUGAGAUUUACGAGGAGGAUGCCCAGUAUUUCUCCGUUUGUCACCAUCUGCCAUUUCUCUGCCUGUGUCAACUGUCUUUCUCAAACUCUUUGAUUGCCGUUGAAAGAAUCUGUGCCCCCUGAAUAUCACUGUUCAUUUUGCGUGUGCGCACUUUUAGAUAUCCGUAUGCUGCUGUAAACAACUUAAAACGUCAAUUCAAACCGUUCUCCUGGUCUCACCCGUUUGGCUGUUUGCAUC